AUGCCUCGCGGAAACGCUCAAGUAACCAAGGUCUUCUUCAAGGGCCAGACCGACGACUUCAUCGUGUUUGUCGAGUCUCCAGAUGAUCUCAAGGCUUGGAAGCAGGACCAGUCGAUCCCGUUGGCUCAGGUGGUGAACAGCUUCAAGAUCAUGCUCACACACAAGCACGGUGCUCAAGGUCAGCUGGACGGUGCCAGCAAGGCUAGUUUAGAGAAUGAAUUCGGCACCAGCAACGAGGACGAAGUCAUCAAGAAGAUUCUCAUGGAUGGGCAACCGCAAUCCGUCGAGAACGCCGAACGAGGUGGUGACCGUAACGAAACCAUGGGUCCACGGCAAGGGCAUCCAUCUGCAUAG